GUUCAGCAGCGCGCUUCCUGUGUGUCUUUGAGCCGAAAUGGUGGAUCCCUGACGCGUUUCCCCUCACUCCUUUCACAUUGGCAGUAAUUAAGUUAGUCUUCGGGGAGGUUUUAAUGUUCCCUGCGGCCAAGGCGAGAAGCUUCGUUAGAGCGAGAACCAGCUGGCACUUCCGCCGGACGAUGGACGAGCUGGUCCACGACCUGGUGUCAGCACUGGAGGAGAGCUCUGAGCAGGCGCGGGGUGGCUGUGGGGAUGGUGGAGACCACCCCCUGGCAGUGGGCUGCCUGCUGAAGCGACAGGCUCGCAAGCGGAGGGGCCGGAAACGACGCUCAGACAACGCUCACCCACCCUGGGAGUCCUGCCAUCUUCUUAGUGAGGGCUCCGAGUCCAGCCUGGAGGACCAUCGGGACCAUCGAGACCAUCACCACCGCACCGCCAGUCAUGCCAGAGACAACAGCGACUCUGAUGAUCAGUUGCUAGCAGCAAAGCGUCGGCUGGCCCUGGACUCUGGACACAGCAAGAGGCACCUGUGGCAAGAGGACCUCCCGGGGGCCGAGGGGCCGGGCGGUCGUAGCCUGCGUCGGAGGAGGAAAGUGAAACGCAUGGCAGUUGACCCCCCAUUAGAGGUGGCGGGCACAUCAACACCAGGCUUGCCCAGGCUUCAUUCUGGCUCAAGGGAAUUGACGCUAAACUCUGAGGGGAAGGGCAGGGUGAAGAAGAGGAAGUUGGCAGCCAGUAGACAGGGCCUGGAUGCGACCGAUGAAGGAGUAGUGGUGGAAAGUGAGGAAGCGAGUCAAGCAAGUAAAGACAAAAUGGACUUUGAGGAGCACAAAGGAUCGGACGAGGAGAUGAGUGACAGUGAAACUAGCAGCGUAAGCAACAGCAGUGAUGGCGGCUUAUACACCAACGAUGAAGGGAGACAAGGUGAUGAUGAGCAGAGUGACUGGUUCUAUGAGGGAGAGACAGGAGGGGCUUGUGGGAUAGCUGGAGUCAUUCCCUGGUGGGAAAAAGACUCCUCUGACCUUGAGAAGGAACUGAGUGACCCAGUGUUCAACAGCAUCCUUUCUGGUUCCUUUCCCCUCAUGUCAGAGAAAGCCCAGAGAGCUUUUCAGGCCAGGCUGUCUCGUCUGCACGAAGGUGCUACAUCUCAAGCAACACAGUCUGUGGGACAGGGGUGCUCUGCUGGGCCAGGCUGUAGUGAGAGGCUGGUGAGGUUCUCCCAGGACCCUCAUCACCACGACCCUUGGUUCGCUCCAGCAGCAAGGAGGGAGCACGGGCAGCUGCUAUGGGACACGCGGACCGACAGGGGCCAUCGCAGGAGCUGUUCGUUAAAAACCGCCAGCAGACAGACGAGUGUUCACCUGGGUUCUCUCUGCACGGGUGAUGUGAAGAGGAGACGCAAGGCAGCACCUGGUGGGACACCUGCCACCCCAGGGUUCGUGGGUGAGAACGCGCUGCCCAUUCCAGAGAACAACAUGGGGAACCGCAUGCUGCAGAGCAUGGGCUGGACUCCAGGAACGGGCCUUGGGCCUGACGGCAAGGGCAUCACGGAGCCCAUCCGGGCCCUGCAGAGACCCAAGGGAAUGGGCUUGGGCUUCAGCUAAACGUCACGGCCAAGAGAGAAGAGCCCCGGGCCUGACGCUGCGCUUGGAGCUCUUCUCUGUCUUGCUCUAAGAACCUUGCCUUGACCUGAGGACAUCUGCCUUCACCCACAACAUGAGACGAAAUGGGACAUUGUCCUGGAAGAGAAAAUAACUUUCACUUUUCACAAAUGGACAAGGUUUUCAACCCUGUAAUAAAUAGAAGCAGUUUUUUUUGUUGAUUCUUUACACAAGUCAGGUCGAUUUCAAGUUUUGUCAUGGAGUGUUGUUUUUUACAGUUUCAUUUCUUUCUGUAAUUUAUUAGUAUUGCUUGUUUAUCCAACGUCUUUCUUAGCCGAAUUGUGGAAGCAAAAUUAUUGGGGAUCGUCACUACGAUUUUAAAUAUAUAAAUACUGCAGAAGUAAACCUCUGAGGUAAUGACUGAGGAGCUGUUGCAUUACUUUUAAUUGCUUUUAUUGUAUUUCUGUAAUUUUGUUCCACACAUAUUUGAAAAUGUUCUGUAUGCGAAAUGUUCACAUUCCAGACUGAAUUGACAGUGAUGUUAUACCCUAACUCCAGUCCGGGAUCAUGUAACUUCUGAGACUCUCAUGUGUCUACCCGAAUCGCCACUGAGACACAUUGCAUGCGCAGAACGACAGUCGGUCACUUUGAGAGCCUAGUGCUCACAUUUAGUCUGUGGUUUGAAUGUCUACAAGGCUGUUGUGUGAAGUGGAGAAGGUGGUAGGUCUCUGUCUGGGAAGGGCAAUGAGCCUGGGCUCUGUAGGUUACAGCCAUAGGCAUUGCGUUUGUAUGUGUGUGUGAGAGAGAGAGAGAGAGAGAGAGAGAGAGAUACCAGCCUCGUGCUAUGGCUAGCUCUUGCAGUGGUGAUUCCGUCAAGUCGCAGGGCAGGAGAAUGGCAACACUUAAGGCUGUCCAGGGUGUAGCAAACUCUAGUUAUUUGGGAAACAAAGUUUAAAACAGGAGCUGGUAAAAUACAUUUCAGGAAAAAAUGUGUUCCAGCUUCAGGAUGUUUCUAUUGGCAGUCAGUGCUUUAGUCAUGCCAAAUUGUGUUUUUAUGAUCUGUAAACUGGAACGGACCUUUUUUUUUUUCCUUUCCCCAAAAAGGCUGAACAAGUUUACUACCAGUUCGGAUGAAUCUUUUUGCUUUUAUGAGUCAUAUCUUGUCUAUGACAGUACAUGGAAUAACAUGAUUGUGACUUGUUUUUGAUUCCAGUGAGCACUUUAAAUUGGGUUCAU